AUGAAUUUCCGGAGAAGAGACCGGAAGCACGAAGGCCCGGUUGUGCCGGACGAGAAGGUUCCAGAGCCCAGGCCAACUUUCCAGCCUCGCCGGAACGGCCACAGAGUGUUAUCGUUCAAGUUGAUCUUGGGCCUUUUGGUGUACUUCCUUGUUAUCAUACAUUACUUUGAACGUGUCAGGGUGAAAAAUGCUGUCAAUCUGUGCCAAUGGGAUAAUUGGGAACACUGGAGUGGCGAGAAGGCCGACGUGACGCCUCAUAGGGUUGCGUUCAUUGCUGAUCCACAGCUUGUGGAUGAUCAUACUUACCCCAAACUACCCAGACUCGUGGGGUACCUUCUCAGACGAAUGAGCGACAAUUACCUCCAUACGAACUACAAGUUCAUGCAAUAUUACCUUGAUCCAGAUACGGUUAUCUUUUUGGGUGAUAUGUUUGACGGCGGCAGGGAGUGGGACGAUAAGAUGUGGUUGGACGAGUAUAAGCGAUUCAACAAGAUCUUCCCGAAAAAGCCGAACAGAAGGUCUAUCCGGUCGCUUCCUGGAAACCACGAUAUCGGGUUCCAGAAUGUCAGUACCCACAAUAUGGAGAGGUUUGCUGCUUAUUUUGGCGAAGCCAACGACUUCUAUGAGCUUGGAAACCACACUAUCGUGCAAUUGGACACGAUAUCCAUGUCUCAUGAAGACCCAGCUGUACAUACGCAAGCGAGAGAGUUUUUGGCUUCGCUAGACACAAAAAUCAACCCCAGCAUGCCCAGGAUGGUAUUGACUCACGUUCCGCUUUAUAGAGAUCCUCGUGUGGAGACCUGUGACGCGUUGAGAGAAAGCUCGAGACCGUUCCCUUUACAAAGGGGACACCAGUACCAAACCGUCAUUGACUACUCAUAUACCCUGCAAAUUCUUAAUCAGUUGUCGCCAAAGAUCGUCUUCAGUGGUGAUGAUCACGACUACUGUGACAUGCAUCACGUCGAUUACACCGACAACUCCAAAAUCUUGGCCAGAGAGAUUUCUGUCAAAACCGCAUCCAUGACAAAUGGCAUCAAGUAUCCUGCAAUUCAGCUUCUUUCGUUGAAUAACCCAUACGAUCCAAAUCCAAAGUCAAAGCUAGCAUCUCCUGAUGAUACCACAACUUACAAAACCAUGAUGUGCUACAUGCCUACUCCAUAUGCUGGCGCCAAGUUCUACGGUUUAAGUUAUUUGGUCGCCGUGGGCAUUUUGGUUGCUUGUAUAGUUUACCCUGAACGAAUCGAGAUCUAUCUCGAUAAGUCGGCCGGUUCCUCGCUGGUUUUACCGAGGUUCUGGCAGCAUUGCAUGGUCGAGCACGAAAAGCAUUCUUCUUUCAGGAAAAGACUAAAUGAAGUCGGCUUCCAUAGCGCAAUCUUGUUAUGGUCGAUAUUAUGCAUUCUAUCUUUAUACAAUAGAAGAUGA